UUGGACACGUCGGUAAAUCGGCCAAGAUGGCGUUUACUUUCUAUGGUUUACUUGAGGCUUGCCUUCUCGUAGUAAAUGCCAUUGCGAUUCUACACGAGGAACGGUUUCUAGCAAAAAUUGGCUGGGGUACUGAUCAAUUAGCUGGCUUUGGUGAAGAGAAAGGAACUAAACAUCAAGUUAUUAACCUUAUCCACUCAGUCAGGACUGUAACGAGAAUUCCUUUGAUUUUCCUGAAUUCAGUGGCUAUUGUUGUACUAAUUCUAAUGGGUUGACACAAGAAAGACAAGAUAGAUCAUCUACAUAAUUAACUUAAUACAGCUACAGAUAUUGGCAGCAAAGACGAUGUGGACUACUGUUAACUCAAGAAUAUUUGUGGCACCCUUACAUAACAUCCUCCAACCUCCAAAAGACAAUUUGAAAUAGAUUACUAAUUUAUCUAGAAAUUGCAGAGAAAUUUUCAUUUUGACAUGGUUUCACUGGAUUAAUCCUUGACAAAUUUGGAGUUGCCUGAAGUUAGUUUUUCCAACAGUUUCUUUAACGCUACAUGUAAUUUAUUAGAGUUACUGUGCGACUACACCAAGGCCACCCAAUAGACAAAUUUUCUUACAAAUUAGCCAAUCAUGAUUGAGAACAAUAGAAUCUGUACAAAUUAUUUUACUUUAUAAUGUGUGUAUGAUCAAGAGUGAACAACAAAAUUUAAAAUCCAAAAUUCACUAAAAAUCAUCUGUUUAGUUAUAUGCAGCAUUAAAAAUGAAAUGUGAUUUGUUUUGGUGGCCUUGGUUGACGAAGUCACACUGUAAUACCUUCCUUCACAGUUCCCUAUCCCAUCUUGAAAGGUAACUUACUUUACCUGUGCAUCAAAGCAACAAAUGGGGAUGACCUUAAAAUGAUUAAAACAUGUGUCUUAAUAAUUUGUUGACCUUGCAAUGAUAGACAUAAAUAAGAAUUAUUGUCCAAGGUGCUAAAAAGGUCUCCAUCAUUCCAAGGUCACCACUGUUGUCACUUCAAUGCACAUUUACCUUUCAAGGUGCAGGGUUUUACUGUAAAGGGAAAUAUUUUAUAGUACUUUUUCAUUUAUGUAGUGUUUGCACACAGCGCCUCAAAUAAGAGAAAAUGUAUAGGAUAUUUUCAGUAUAUCUCAGUCGUUUUUUUGCUCUAUUGUUCUAAAAUUUUACAUGCAGUUUCUGAUGUCACCAUAAUCCCAAAUGUCUUUAAAGACAAAUUUUUUUGAUGUUAUCACUUCGGUACUCUAUUGAGAAGAUACAGUAAUAUGAUCAUCAGUACUGAAAAACAAGCAUCCAUUUCCAAAGGGGAUGACAUAAUCUGCAAAUAUGGGAAACAAUAUGCAAUAUGUCAAUGCACAUUGAGAGGGGUUUAAAAUUGUUCCAGAAGUGAUCACUCCUUUUUUGCUUUUUUCUCCCAUUUCUGAAGCUGCAUUUCUGUCUCUAGAUUCAGGAUAUUAUUGAUUUUCUAUAAACAAGUUAAAAUUGAUUUUUUUUUGUAAACAUUAGUUUCAUGUGAGAACAGGCAGGUUCUUUAUAAACACAAAGAAAUUAUAACAGUAUUUAUUAAAAAGUUGAAUAAGAAAACAGAAUCUAGGUAAGAYGUGAAAAUAUGUUCGAGUGCAUGCCAUAGUAUAUUUGUGAAUUACUUUAAUAAUUAUCUAGUAUUUAGUAUUAAGUUAUUAACUAAUAUUUGUUGUUGAAUUUAUGUGGAGGUCUUUGCUUUUCCCCCAAAUUUUCUGCUCCAGUAAUAUCCACAUUUUCAUACAAAAUGACUAAAAUUAGUCAGAACAUCUUUUAUUGGUUUUGUUUCAUGGAAAUAGUUAUGUCAUGCACUCUGUACUAAAAAAUGCUAAUAAAAUAUUUAGAUGUUUUUAA